AUGGUUGGUGCACUAGUUCGGAGUCACUCUACACACAAGAGUGUGGCGUGGUUAUGGCCGCUCGUAUCACUUCUCCUGGUGCAGUUUCCCUCAAACGUCUUAGCGAUACAGAAAGAAAUGACGGUCAGUAUUGCGCCCGGAAAGGUGGACUGUUUCUACGAGACUGCAAAAGCCGGACAAACGAUCGACAUCGAGUAUCAGGUGAUAGACGGUGGGCACGGCGAUUUGGAUAUCAGCUUCGAGCUGGCCGAAGUGACGGGACGCACAAUAUUUGCCGAUUAUAAAAAGUCGGACAACAUUCACCGUUUUCCGGUGCCGUACGAUGCGGAGUACAAGUUUUGCUUUGAUAAUGGCUUCAGCCGGGCAAACAGUAAGACGGUAUUUUUUGAGCUCAUCAUCGAACGGGAAGGUGACCAGGAUGAUUCCAGCUGGUCGGAUAUCGAUCUACUCGAGGGCCUAACGCCGGAGGAGUUCUACGAGAUGAAGGUACAGGACAUGGAGGACGCGAUCAAGCGUGUACGCAACAAUUUAACGAAGGCGCGCCAGCUGCAAGACAUGCUGCGCUCGCACGAGGCUCGCGAUCGUAACGUGGCCGAGGAAAACUACUUCAAGGUGAACGUGUGGUCGUUCUUCCAGAUUCUUGUCAUGGUCGCUGUCGGUACACUGCAGGUGUUCAUGGUGAAAUCGCUAUUUGAUGUAGAUUCGCGAGCGUACAAGCUGCUCACCAAGCUAUAA